AUGUCACAGGACGAUUUAUGGCAUAGUUCAACUAAUGCGUAUAUGGUAUUUUAUGAAUCGGUGGAUAAUUGUAAUAUGGAUGAAGAUAUUACAGUUCCUAGUGACUUACGCAAAACAAUUGAAGAAGUAAAUUUAACUGAACAACAAAAGCUUCUAUCUGAACAACAAAAUAAAGUAAAUCGUAAAAAUCAAUUACUUGAAAUACUAUCCAACCUGAAAUUACCUGAUCCUAUCAAUUCAUCACCGAAUAAUAGUACUUCGAUAUCAAUAAAUCCUCUCGAUAAUGUAUCUUUGGUAUCAACAUCGUGGUUAUGUGAUUGCCUUAAUAAUCCGUUGUUAUUGGGAGAUGCCUGUUUAACUGAUCCUCAGAUAAAAUCGCUUUCAAAACUCAGAGAAUACAUAUUUCCCUCUUCUUUAUCAAAUCAAUCAUCUUAUGCCUUACGCACCUGUUCACAUGGCCAUGCUCCUACAGAUCUUGUUGCAGGUUCAUAUAGAGCUGUUUCUAGCGAAGGUCUUAAAAAGCUUAUUGAGAUUCUCUUCCCGAAAUCAUUUGAUGCCAUUCAAUAUGAAGAUGAUAGGUUUAGUCGAUUUCAACCGUGUCGAAAGUGUAUUACACUAAAUAUCGCAUUAUUAAAAGUUGAAAAUGCAAUUAAAGAAUUAUCUAAAGAAUUGGACUAUUUUAUAAAAACUAAUCAUUUGUCUUCUUCAUAUUAUAAACGUCUUCAAAGUGAAAAGACAGACUCAAUUCCUUUGAAUCCUGAACCUGGAUAUUAUUUAAUUGGUAAGAGAUCUCUUCGUCAAUGGAAAACUCUUGCACGUCAUUUCACACGAGCUUUUUACUCUGAUUAUGAUGAUGAUUCUAAGUCACCAACAACUGGCCAUCAUACACAAACAACAUUUAAUCAUGAUAUUCUUUGUCCCCACGGUCAAAUUUGUACAGAAAAUACACGUUAUUUACCAGCCGUACUUUGGCAUAAAUUAGUCGAUUUAUUUCCUGGUGUAAAGAUUCCUACAUUUCCUAUUUAUAUUCCUUAUGACAAUAACAAUAAUACAUCCAUCAAUUCCAUUAGUAUAUUCAAUAAAUCAGAGUCAUCUUGUUCUGAAUGUAACGCAGUACAAAAUGACUUGACAAAACGAGCAUUAUGUGAACGUCAAAUGCUUCCUGGCUUAUUCUUGUCAAAUGUUCAACGUAUGCGACUUUUACACUCUACCAGUCAAACAGUAAAAACAGCUGUAGAUAUAAAAGAAGACACUUUAAGCGAAUGCAAACUUAACUUUGAAGGGGUCAAUAAUUCCAAGUCAGAAAAUUUAAACGGUCAUUCUACAGAUGCCGAUAAGAAAUUAAGUGAUUUAAAUACCAAUGUUCUUUACUUGAUUCCAAUGGGUUUUAUUAUACAAUGGAGAAAAUUUAUUCGAAAUCCAACAGCAGAUAAUUUACCUAGUUCGCUAUUAUCUGGCUUUAGCUCAGAUGGCGUGCUUUGUGAACAUGGCCAAAUGCUCAAAACAUGGCAUGCUCUUAUAAAUGAGUCAAUAUUGUGUCCUUAA